AUGUCAUGGAUGGUCCAGCAUGGAUGGGAGACGAAGAUCUGAGACACUUUUUGGAGGCUUCAAGAGCAUCCAACUAUACUUGCAGCGAGAUUACUUCACUCCUGCCAAAGAAGUUCCCCAACUACAGGGCUUAUUCAGAACGCACUGUAAAAAGAAUGCUGAAUCACUGGAACAUUAAACGACACAAUGAUGUUGAUGAUCAUACUUUGCUGACGGCGGUACAGAAUGUUGUUAACGAAAGUUCGGGCCAAUUAGGAUACCGGGAUGUGACUGAAAAACUAAGGUCUCAAGGCCUCUUCGUAUCGAGAGAUGAUGUUAUGAAUACACUAAGGUUAGUUGAUCCACAAGGUGUUGUUAUGCGCACUCCAAAGUUCAAGAAUAAGAGGCCUAAGAAGACCUUCUUCAGCAAGGGGCCAAACUACUUAUGGAGUCUGGAUGGCCAUGACAAGUUAAGUGGGGAUGCCAACUGCCAAUUCGACCUCAAAAUAUAUGGGGCCCUUGAUACUUACAGUAGGAAAAUCAUCUUCUUGUACAUUGGGCGGUCUAAUAGAGACAGUGAAGUUAUUGGACGUAUUUUGUUUGACCAUCUGCUGGAAUCUAGAGUUUUACCGCAAAUGCUUCGAUUUGACAAAGGAACUGAGACCGUCCAUGCUGCAGCUGUACACAAAACUCUAUUGCAACUGAAAAAUGUUGACAAGGAGAUUACAACGAUACUUGGUCCUUCUACUGCCAACAAAAUAGAACGAUUGUGGAGGCAGGUCCGCGAAAAGGUUUGUGAUGGUUUUCGUCACGUACUUAGAGAGAUUGAUCAAGACGGUCUGUAUGAUUCAAGUUGCGAGUAUGACAGGGAUUUAAUUGCUGGUGUGUUCAUACCUGUUGUCGAACGUUAUCUCGACGAAUUCAGGGAGAACCAUAACAAUAUGAGGGGAAGAAAGCAGCGCAACGUGGAACUUCCAUCAGGAACAAUCCCUGAGCAUGUGUAUUCGUGCCCAGAAGAGUACGGCGGAGAGGAGUGUGGAAUCAUGCUUUCUGACAAGGAUAUAGAGAGUUUCACUGACGCUGAUAUUUUGUCCAACGUUUUUACUGGAACUUCAGGUGCUCUAAGAGCAGAGGUACCAGGUGAGAUAAAACCUGCCUCUGUGUCUCAGUCUACGACUGCGAGUGAUAACGUGGCUAAGUAUGGAGCAGAUAAUGCUAUAGACAGGGACCUGGACACCCGGGCUUUAGCAAAACCAGUAGGAGAUAGUGAGGCCUGGUUGCGAGGAACUGAGCCUGAAGAGCGUGUCAUCAACGGAGCCUGGACUUCCUGUAGCAAAUGGAACACUGAUGACGGUACAAUGUGA